AUGUCAAACCCAACUUAUAUAGAUCCUACUUUAUCACCACCCGAAACAAAACAUGAUCAUAUUCUUUCAAAAUACUUUCGACCUUUUCCAAAUAGAACGAAUUCAGAACCUAUCUUACCACCUGAAACUAAAACCAAAGGAUUGUUACCUUCUCCUCUUGGACCGAAUGACGAGAGUUCUACUCUACUCAAAUCCACUAUGAAUGGACGGGAUAAAGAGAGAAUAUCGCAUCAUGAUUAUUUAAAUGAGAAUAUCAAGAAAAAGAAAACUCGUGAAGAAGAGGGAAAAGGGGAAAAAGAAGAUGAUGUUGAAGGAGAAGAAGAAAAAUCAAUUUUCAAAAUCUUCAAAGCUUCUCUUUCACCUGAUGGAGAUAAUAUGUUGAGAUUACUCAAAAAUCAUUUAGAAGACGCUUUGAAACUUUGGAAGAUUUGA